UGCCAUUAGAUGAACAUCCGUAGAGUCAUCAAUAUGGUGACUAAAAUUGUUGUAGUUCUUGCAUUUGCUUUUUUAGUAUCUUCCGUGUAUAUGUCACCGGUGGAUGAUAAAAAACCUUUUGACUGUCCUCCGAACGAAAUAUAUUACAAAUGCGACCUGUUAGUCUGCUUCAAGAAAUGUGACCACCUUGUAAAUAUGCCUCCGUGCCCAUCCAUCGCUCCAGGAUGCUAUAGGCCAGCUUGUGAGUGUAUUGACGGUUAUCUUCGGAAUGAGGAUGGUACUUGCAUACCUACUGAUGAGUGCCCUAAAGCUUAAAAUGAAAAAACUUAAUAAGGAUCUAAAUGCAAGUGUGGCUAUAGUUUAAGUGCGGUAUUUCUGUUAAUUAAAAUUAAACCAUUGUUUCUUUCUCAUCUUUCUCA